UGCAUUGUGGCCGGAAGUACUGUGUUUCCUUAGGAUUCACCGUGUGCUCGUUUGUAAUUUGUGACCCUGUCGGCCAGAUAUCGCGACAUGGCGGCCCUGCAGGUAUAUCAGGAGUCGGUAAGUUUCGAUGAAAUAGCUGUGGUGUUCUCAGAGGAUGAGUGGGUGCAUCUAGAUGAAACGCAGCGCAACCUUUAUAAACAAGUCAUGCUGGACAAUUACCAGAUGCUGGUCUCUGUGUGUGAGCCUACAGUCAUAUCCAAAAUACAGUGCGGACAUGAACCAUGGAUGAUGAGCGGUGGCUGGAGUGCAGGUAUUGCUUGUAUGAAUGAUGUGGAGCAGUUUCCAGGUGACCACGUUUCACAGUGGAAUAAGAAGAAUACAGGUGGUUAUCUACCUCCAUGCGCUGAAAGGUCUACAAGGGCCGUAUUGGAGAAGUCUGUUAAAAGAACAUUAAAAAUCCACAGAGAGCAUCUGCAGAAAUUAUCAGGCACAGAAGAAGCAGCCAUUUCUAAACGUGGAUUGUGCUCCUCUGUAACAUUGGUGAGUGAUCCGCCGCUGAUCUCUGAGCCUGUGGAGAACAGCGUGCAUCACUUCACCACGUUCCCUAGCAAAGGGCAGUGUCGGCACCACAUAAAACCAAAGUUAAAUGUUAAAAUAAUAAAGUGGAGAGAGCAGCCAGAUAUAAUGAGGAGCGUUACACGUUCAGCAAGUGAGAGCAGAGACGCGUCUUCUAUUUAUGCAGGUAGGAGUGUGGAGAACCCAAAUGCCAGUCCCUCCUCGCUGCAUACAAGUGACGGACAUCUCACAGCAAAACAAGGGCAAUUCUCCACUGCAGGUGCAGAAAAUGUGCGCGGAACUCGGUUUCAAGAGAAAUUACAAUCAAAAAAUAUUAGUUAUACAAAAAAGUCUGACUCUGCUUGUGUUCCUCAGAUUCACCGUGAGCAGACAGAAGCAACUGAAAGUAGAAGUAGAGCAGUGAUACGAGAUAAAGCACGUUCUGCAGGUGCCGCUAUUCCUGAGAACUCAGGGGAUAAUGUAUGCGCGGAUCCCCAAAUUGCAGCCAGUAGUGUUGGCUCAGAACGGCAUAUCUGCCUGUCCAGAUUUCAUGUUGACAAUGCUCUGGAAAGUAGUGACCUGGCAGUCGGACAAAAUGCUGUUAUUAGAAAAGAAAAGACGGAUUUCCAGGUUGUCUGUUCAGGGACAUGUGAGAGAGAACACGAGAAAAAGGCCGAGACUCAAACAGAAGUAAAUGUUACUGUAAGAGACAAAGGAAUGUGGAUUGGUGUAAGGUCACCAGACACUCACCUUAGUGCUUCUUUGUUGGUAAAUUCCACUAAGGGUGAGAAAUAUUUCAUUACUCACACACUAGUUCCAUCACCUGAUAACAAUGCCAUUACGCUGAGAGCUAAUGCUGAGAACACAAAACUUGUUUCACUGAACACCUCCAAACGUUCAAGAAAAAAUACUGAUCUGAAGAGAAAUGUGCGUAAGAGAAGAAGUAACUCGCUGUGCAAGAUCCAAUCGCUUUUUGCUGGUGACAGAAAAAAACCAAUUGUCACAUACCCGGGAAAGAGACCUUGUACCUGUGUGCUGGACACUGAGAAAUCCAAACAGUGUGCAGAUAGGGCUGAGGGACCAGGUACGGUUACCGAAGUGAGAACAUUUCCAAAUUGCCUCUCUUAUAAUUGCCGAUUUCCCAAACUGGAAACCAUUGAGCCACAUUCCAAUGAGACUGGUAGUUCAGGCAAAGCAUGCUCAAACAGUGCUAAAUGUAAAAGGGUGGGUAGAAGAGCUUGCAACAAUCAAUAUUGUACUUGUGGAAAAAAUUGCAAACAUUCGACAUUAAAAAAGUUAGCCAAAAAGAGAAGCCACAUGUGCAAAUACAAGAGGAAACGUCUGGGAAGCAAAUGUAAGAGGCUUACAAAGGUGGCGUGGGUUACUGAUGAGUGCAGCAAAUGUAGGAAAACAUUCUCCAUGCUGGUAAAGAAAACGAGGUAUCGGCAGAUGGGGCGAACGUGGAAAACACGCGAGGGAAACAUCAAAAGGAGAAAUAAACGGUGCGUGUCGUGUACGAAGAGGAUUGGUGAUAAAAGUGCAUCAUCUAGAAAAGGGACGUAUUCAUGCAGUGACUGUGGGAAGGGCUUCCUGCAGCACGCGGUCCUUCUUCUCCAUCAGAAGAGCCACACAGAAGAAAAGCUGCUGGUCUGUCCCAGCUGUGGGAAGCGCUUCGUCCAGCAUGCCCUGCUCAUUUUACAUCAGAAAACGCACAAAAACAAGAAGCCUUUUCAGUGUAUGGACUGUGGCAAUAUGUUCUUUAGCAAAUCACUCUUUGCCGAACAUCUGCGGACCCACAAAGAGGAGAAACCACAUCACUGCUCGGAUUGUGGGAAAUGCUUUGCAGACGGCACAACACUUCUCAUUCAUCAGCGAAUUCACACGGGAGAGAAACCAUUUAGCUGCAAAAACUGUGACAAAAGCUUCAGUCAGCAUUCAACACUAGUUGCUCACCAACGCCUUCACACUGGCGAGAAGCCCUAUGAAUGCCGCUAUUGUGGCAAACGGUUUAGUGACCGCUCGGCUUCUGCCUGCCAUCAGAGAACUCACACAGGGGACAAACCCUUCAAGUGUGAAGAGUGUGGCAAAUGGUUUUCACAGAGCUCAAACCUGCGAAAACAUGAAAGACUUCACACGGGACAGAAGCCACACGUGUGUUCUAAAUGUGGAAAAGCUUUUAAUGAGUAUACAAAGCUAAAAUGCCAUGAAAAUGUGCAUUGGAAGAAGGAAAGCACCAAGCCGAAAUCCCAGGAGAAUGUGCAGCAGAAAAAGGAACGCUCCAGGCCGAAAUCCCAGGAGACUGUGCAUUGGAAGAAGGAAAGCACAAAGCCGAAAUCCCCGGAGAAUGUGCAGCAGAAAAAGGAAAGCUGCAGGCCGAGAUCCCCGGAGAAUGUGCAGCAGAAAAAGGAACGCUCCAGGCCGAAAUCCCAGGAGAAUGUGCAGCAGAAGAACGAAAGCUCCAGGCCGAAAUCCCCGGAGAAUCUGCAGCAGAAGAAGGAAAGCUCCAGGCCGAAAUCCACGGAGAAUGUGCAGCAGAAGAAGGAAAGCUCCAGGCCGAAAUCCACGGAGAAUGUGCAGCAGAAGAAGGAAAGCUCCGGGCCCAAAUCCCAGGAGAAUGUGCAGCAGAAGAAGGAAAGCUCCGGGCCGAAAUCCACGGAGAAUGUGCAGCAGAAGAAGGAACGCUCCGGGCCGAAAUCCACGGAGAAUGUGCAGCAGAAGAAGGAAAGCUCCGGGCCGAAAUCCACGGAGAAUGUGCAGCAGAAGAAAGAAAGCUCCGGGCCGAAAUCCACGGAGAAUGUGCAGCAGAAGAAGGAAAGCUCCGGGCCGAAAUCCACGGAGAAUGUGCAGCAGAAGAAGGAAAGCUCCGGGCCGAAAUCCACGGAGAAUGUGCAGCAGAAGAAGGAAAGCUCCGGGCCGAAAUCCACGGAGAAUGUGCAGCAGAAGAAGGAAAGCUCCGAGCCGAAAUCCCCGGAGAAUGUGCAGCAGAAGAAGGAAAGCACCGGGCCGAAAUCCCCGGAGAAUGUGCAGCAGAAGAAGGAAAGCUCCGGGCCGAAAUCCCAGGAGAAUGUGCAGCAGAAGGAAAGCUCCGGGCCGAAAUCCCAGGAGAAUGUGCAGCAGAAGAAGGAAAGCUCCGGGCCGAAAUCCACGGAGAAUGUGCAGCAGAAGAAGGAAAGCUCCGGGCCGAAAUCCACGGAGAAUGUGCAGCAGAAGAAGGAAAGCUCCAGGCCGAAAUCCACGGAGAAUGUGCAGCAGAAGGAACGCAAAGAGGCCAGAAAAUGAGUUCUAGAUGUAAGAAUAAUUCUACAAUUACCCGCCUAAGCUGAAUGUAGCUGUAAAUAAAGCAGAUUUUUCCACCUGCAACAUAUGAACUGAAAGGUUAAUAAAGGUGUAAUAUAUUAUAGAUGCUAUGACUCAAUAAAGUGGUGCAACAUGCCAUGUA